ACAGUCAGUUGGAUAUCCAGUAUAUCACUAAUAAAGUGACUAUUGAGUCCUUGCAUUAGUUGUAUGAAAAAUCCUGUUGGUACCACUCCAAAUCCAUCCGGGGUAGGUCAAAUAUUGCUUGCUUCACAAUAAUUGUACUUCCAGUGACUAAGUAAUUCCUAUUUAUUUAAGCGUGCAAUUCAGGGAUGGCUCCUAGGCUGUAGUGCAGGCGUCCAUGAUUUUGCAUUGAAGUGAUGGUCUUCUGUUUGAAGGCAAGCACGUGUUCCAUUCCUUUUCUUAUAAUCCAGCCCUCCCGUCAACUCUGAAUAACCUUCCAUGGAUGUGUUGUCUGAUGUGUUGAAUAUCUCCAGUAUUUUGUUUCUGUUUUGGAUUUCCAGCAUCUGCAGUUUUAUUUUGUUGUUGCUUUCCAAGAAUCACCAUAUCCUUAAUUUUCAGGCCAAGCUGGUGUGCCGGCCUUCCAGUAAGAACACGACCUUCUUGUCUAGUUUUCACCCUUGGUUAGCAGUGAUUUACCUCCAAAAUUUCAUCCAUUCAUUUCAAAAGAAACUGGAUUUUGGAGACUGAGAACAACUCACCUCAGCACUUUAGAGCAUUAUGUAUGUGCUUCUCGGUACCUAUCCACUGGCGAUUACACUUAUAGGCCUCAAGGCUUGAAGGCCACAGACCUAACAUUGAUAAAUGGGAUUAGUACUUGGGCAUGGUAAACGGUAAAAGUAAAUCAAUAAUCAGACACAAUAUACUACCUUGAGAUUCAUUUUGUUGCAUGAAUUUUCAGGAAAAUAAAGAAAUACAAUAGAAUGUUGUUCUGUUGUGUCCACUGUUGAGCACAUCAACACAGAGCAUUGUUGCAGGAAAGCAGCAUCCAUCAUCAAAGGCCCACACCACCCAGGUCAUGCCCUCUUCUCGCUGCUGCCAUAAGGAAGAAGAUCCAGGAGCCUCAAGAUCCACAACAUCAGGUUCAGGAACAGUUAUUACCCAGCAGGUUUUUGAACCAGGAGGGGAUAACUUCACUUGUCCCAUCACUGAACUGUUCCCACAACCAAUGGACUCAUUUUAAAGGACUCUUCACCUCAUGUUCUCGAUAUUUAUUUAUUUAUUAUUAUUAUUUUUGUUUUCUCUUUUGUAUUUGUAGAGUUUGUUGUCUUUUGCAUGUUGGUUGUUUGUCUGUCCUGUUGGGUGCAGUCUUUUAUUCAUUCUAUUGUGUUUCUUGGAUUUACUGUGAAUGCCCACACAAAAACGAAUCUCAGGGUGUGUAUGGUGACAUAUAUGUACUUUAAUAAUAAAUUUACUUUGAACUUUAAAUUUAUGAAUGACAACUAUACAAAGAGUGACAAAAAACUAAUGUGUAAAAGAAGGCAGAUUGUGCAAAUAAAUAAAUGUGUGUGUGUGUGUGUAUAUAUAUUAUAUAUAUAUAUAUAGAUAUAGAUAAAUAAUAUAGAGAAUAUGAGCUUGAAUGAAUUGGAUGUGGAAUCUGUUCAGAGUUGAAGUGAAUGAAGUUGUCCAUGCUGCUUCAGGAGUCUGAUGGUUGAGGGGUAAUAACUGUUUCUGAACCUGGUGGUGUGGGCCUAAGGUUCCUGUACUUUCUUCCUGAUGGCAGCAUUGAGAAAUGAUAGCCUGGAUGGUGGGGGUCCUUGCUGAUGAAUGAUGCUUUCUCUGAGGCAGCGCUCCUUGUAAAUGUGCUCACUGGUGGGGAGAGCUUUACCUCUGAUGGACUGGGCUGCAUUCACCUCUUUUUGUAGAUGUUUCUAUUCUUGGUGAGCUUGGUGGAACUGCUUAUAUGUUGUAGGACCCUGUAAUAAAAUUUCCACUUACACCAUCCUGUACUAUUCUAUUUUCCUUUACGCUUCCAAUGUAAAGAAACCUGAGGUCUGAUCUAUUUUUUGCUGGACUUGCAUAAUUAUUUUGUAAAUCCAUUCAAAAUUCUUCCAGGGAAUAAAGCUGAGAACCUCUACCUCCAGCUGCCCAUGUCCCAAGAUAUUAGCAACGUGGAGGAGUAGCAAGUUAGCCAAGCAGCAUGGGUUGCUGCAAUUUAUUGUUUCAAAAAGCUGUUCGCCUUGACCUUGCAGCGGAUGAGUUGGAACGCUUCAAUUCGUAAAUCAACCCUCUUGACAGGUGUGAGACUCCCAUGGAAAUCCUGACAACAGACCGUCAGCGCAGGUAUGGCUGCAGAUCAGAGUCAGCUGUGCGAUCGAUGAGGGAACAGUGAGGAAUAAGCACCAGGGCGGGGGUGUGGGAGGAAACAAUUGGGGAUGGUCAAUGGCCGUGAAGGAAGAAGUGAGAACAGCAGGAUUGUGAUUCAUAAAGAGAGAGGACAGAGGAAAGAUAACGGCAGUGAGGCAUUGGGAGGGAGGUCAGGAAAGGAGUCUGUACUGCAGCACAGUUGGAGUUCAUGCUAUCUCCUUGCAAGCCUAAAAUGUAACAAUUUUUAUUGUAUGACAGCUUCCUUCCUGUAUUUGUUAACUCAUUUAUACCUGAAGAAACAUCAAGAUCAUCUGUUUUAUUUUUCAGUAGAGUUGAUGGAGAAUGUGUAAAAAAAAAAUCAAUUCACAAAGGGGAAAAUGUAUAUCCAGGAAAGAUUAAACUUUGAGAUGCCUUCAGGGUUAUCCUACAUGUUAGACCGGAUCGCACGUAGAGGUUGGACAAAAGCAGCAAUGAGUGCAAGCAAAAGGGCAAAGUGGGCAUGGGCAAGUAGCCAGGAGGGCAGAGGAGUAAGGCAUUAUCAGCUUGGCGAUGAGGGAAAGAGCGCAGAAAGAAAAAAGUACCAUGAGGUGAAAAGGAGUGAAAACGGAGGCAUUCUUUAACGUAAGUCUGGAGCUUGAAUCUUCGUGAAUAGAGUUGAAUUGAAUUGACUUUAUUACUUGCAACCUUCAUACACAAGAAGUAAAAAUCUUAACGUUACGUCUCCGUCUAAAUGUGAAGUGUGCAAUUUAUAGUAAUUUGUAAUAAAUAGUAUGUACAACAGGACAGUCAAUAUAACAUAGAAAUACAGUUGUAUCGGCGUGAAUUAAUUGGUCUGAUGGCCUGGUGGAAGAAGCUGUCCCUGAGCCUGUUGGUCCUGGCUUUUAUGCUGCAGUACCAUUUCCCAGAUAGUAGCAGCUGGAAUAGAUUGUGAUUGGAGUGACUUGGGUCCCCAGUGAUCCUUCAGGCCCUUUUUUAGACAUCUGUCUUUGUAAAUGUCCUGAAUCAUGGGAAGUUCAUAUCUACAGAUGCACUGGGCUGUCCACACCACUCUCUGCAGGGUCCUGCGAUUGAGGGAGGUACAGUUCCCAUACCAGGCAGUGAUGCUGCCAGGCAGGAUCCUCUCAAUUGUGCCCCUGUAAAAAGUUCUUAGUAUUUGGGGGCCCAUACCAAACUUUUUCAACCAUCUGAGGUGAAAGAGACGCUGUUGUGCCUUUUUCACCACACAGCUGGUGUGUACAAGCCACGUGAAAUCCUCGGUGAUGUGGAUGCUGAGGAACUUAAAGCUGUUCACCCUCUCAACCCCAGAUCCACUGAUGUCAGUAGGGAUUAGCCCGUCUCCAUUCCUCCUGUAAUCCACAGCCAGCUCCUUUGUUUUUGCGACUUUGAGGGAGAAGUUGUUUUCCUGACACCACUGUCAGGGUGAUGAUUUCUUCUCUGUAGAACACAAGACAGCACAACAGAUCCCUUCAGCCUACAAUAUUGUGUUAACCUCUUAACCUACUCUGUUCAAUCUAACCCUUCUCUCCUACAUAAACCUUCAUUUUCCUACCAACCAUGUGCUACCUAAGAGUUUUUUGAAUGCCCCUAAUGUACCUGUCACUACCACCCCCACAGCAAUGCAGUCCAUGUACUUACCAAUCUCUGUAAAGAAACUAGCUCUAAUAUUCCACCUUAUACUCUUCUCCAAUCACCUUAAAAUUAGCCAUUUGUACUCUGGGAAAGUGUCUCUUGCUAUCCACUCAAUCUAUACCCUUUAUCAUCUUGUACACCUCUGUCACUUUGAGUUUUGUGUGAAGGGAUGGGGAUGAUCUUGGGCAGGACACUAGUGGUGUGACAGAAAACCAAGUAGAGCAGGCAUCAUUAGGGUUGGCCAAAAAGGAACUGGGUAGGUAAGUGGCACAGCGAGAAAUCAUAGGGUAGGUGGGACCAGAUUUCAUGGGGCGUAGUGAGCAUAUCGCUUGGAGUAACCUAAUCCUGGAGAUGCAAGACAAUCCUAUUGCAGUAAUGUGCCAAAUUUGUCUGUGGGACAGCAGGUGGCGAGUAGGGGUUCCUGGUAGUGAAUGGUUAAUGGUUAACUACCAAUGAUGAUUGGUAGUUUCUGGUGAUCAGGAUCUUAUGGUCUGACAGUAGUUCAAGGCUCUGUGUGAUAAAUAGCCAAGUGUGUGGUGAGUGAUGAUAGUCAAUGUGUUAUGGUGUUUGAUAGGUGAUGCUGGAGGGAUGGAUGAUGAUGGUCAGAUGGGUGAUGGUGGUCAGAUGGAUGAUGAUCAGAUGGGUGAUGGUGGUCAUAUGGAUGAUGAUCAGAUGGGUGAUGGUGGUCAGAUGGGUGAUGGUGGUCAAAUGGGUGAUGGUGGUCAUAUGGAUGAUGAUCAGAUGGGUGAUGGUGGUCAUAUGGAUGAUGAUCAGAUGGAUGAUGAUGGUCAGAUGGGUGAUGGUGGUCAAAUGGGUGAUGGUGGUCAGAUGGGUGAUGGUGGUCAUAUGGAUGAUGAUCAGAUGGGUGAUGGUGGUCAUAUGGAUGAUGAUCAGAUGGGUGAUGGUGGUCAGAUGGGUGAUGGUGGUCAGAUGGGUGAUGGUGGUCAGAUGGGUGAUGGUGGUCAGAUGGGUGAUGAUGGUCAAAUGGGUGAUUGUGGUCAGAUGGGUGAUGGUGGUCAGAUGGGUGAUGGUGGUCAUAUGGGUGAUGGUGGUCAGAUGGGUGAUGGUGGUCAGAUGGGUGAUGGUGGUCAGAUGGGUGAUGGUGGUCAGAUGGAUGAUGAUCAGAUGGAUGAUGAUGGUCAGAUGGAUGAUGAUGGUCAGAUGGGUGAUGGUGGUCAGAUGGGUGAUGAUGAUCAGAUGGGUGAUGGUGGUCAGAUGGGUGAUGAUGAUCAGAUGGGUGAUGGUGGUCAGAUGGGUGAUGGUGGUCAAAUGGGUGAUGGUGGUCAGAUGGGUGAUGGUGGUCAGAUGGGUGAUGAUCAGAUGGGUGAUGAUGAUCAGAUGGGUGAUGGUGGUCAGAUGGAUGAUGAUCAGAUGGAUGAUGAUGGUCAGAUGGAUGAUGAUGGUCAGAUGGGUGAUGGUGGUCAGAUGGGUGAUGGUGGUCAGAUGGGUGAUGGUGGUCAGAUGGGUGAUGAUGGUCAAAUGGGUGAUUGUGGUCAGAUGGGUGAUGGUGGUCAGAUGGGUGAUGGUGGUCAUAUGGGUGAUGGUGGUCAGAUGGGUGAUGGUGGUCAGAUGGGUGAUGGUGGUCAGAUGGGUGAUGGUGGUCAGAUGGAUGAUGAUCAGAUGGAUGAUGAUGGUCAGAUGGAUGAUGAUGGUCAGAUGGGUGAUGGUGGUCAGAUGGGUGAUGAUGAUCAGAUGGGUGAUGGUGGUCAGAUGGGUGAUGAUGAUCAGAUGGGUGAUGGUGGUCAGAUGGGUGAUGGUGGUCAAAUGGGUGAUGGUGGUCAGAUGGGUGAUGGUGGUCAGAUGGGUGAUGAUCAGAUGGGUGAUGAUGAUCAGAUGGGUGAUGGUGGUCAAAUGGAUGAUGAUCAGAUGGAUGAUGGUGAUGUGAUGAGUGACAGCUCUGAUGUGACAAAAACUUGUUUACUUUUGGAAGCUUGAUUCAGUUCUGCAUCUCUUUUUGAAUUUUAGUUUAAGUGCCAUCUUUGUGUUUUAAAAUACCAUGAUCAUUGGCCUUCGCCAAUUGGUAUUAAUUCAUUACAGUUGGCCCUCCUUAUCCGCGGGGGAUUGGUUCCGGGACCCCCCGUGGAUACCAAAAUUUGCGGAUGCUCAAUUCCCUUAUUUAACCUGGCUCAGUGCGGUGGUCUUUAGGACCCAGUGAAACCCUGGACUUUAUUUAACCUGUCUCCGUGCGGUGGACAUUAGGACCUGGCGGCGCAGCUCUGAAUCCGCAGUGUUUCUGUUCAUGAAAAUAAUCAUGAUUGCAAUUGAAAAUAAGUUGGAAGUAAUAACAUGAUCAGAAAGAGGUGAAGCGCCAUCGGUCAUUGGAAAAGUGUUAGGCUACUGUCGGUCAAAGAUCGGAACAAUUUUAAUGGAGCAUUUGAAAGGCCCUGCCCUGAUGAAAGCUACAAUUAUUACUAAGCAACGCAGUGGUUUAAUUAUUGAAAUACAUAACAUUUCUUAAGUAUUUUAUAUGCAUAGAAAGGUAAAAUAUGUGCUAUAUACAAGAAAAACGCUUGACUAACUGACGCUAAAUAAUACCGGAUGUACCUGUUCUGACUUCAAAUCCGACUUAAAGGCGGACUUAGGAAUGGAACUCAUUCAUAACCCGGGGACUGCCUGUACUUUUAAGUCAUUUCUAGAUUACUUAUAAUACCUAAUACAAUGUAAAUGCUAUGUAAGUAGUUGUUAUACUGUAUUGUUUAGGGAAUAAUGACAUGAAAAAUUAGUCUGUAUAUGCUCAAGCAACGAGUGCUGGAGAGAGAACUUCCGGGCUUUCCCGAUCCGUGGUAGGUUAAGGAGGGCCGACUGUAUUGUCCACAAGACCCAAGAUACAAUGAAAAACUUGUCUUGCAUACUGUUUCAAGUUUAUUUUUCCAAGAGAUAUUAAGCAGACAAGGAAGUCAUAGUCAUAGUCUUACGGUAUGGAAACCGUCUCUUUGUCCCAACUUUCUCAUGCCUUCCAUAGUGCCCUCCACAGGUUCCAUUUGCCCCAUAUCCCUCUAAAGCCCUCCUUUUCAUGUACUUAUUCACAUAUCUUUUAAAUUAUGUUAUUGUACUUGUUUCAACCGCCUUCCUUGGCAAUUAAUUCCAUAUAUGAACCACACUCUGUGUGAAGAAGUUACCCCUCGGAAGUCACCACUCACCUUAGCUCUCUCAGUCAGGUAAUUUCCUUCCCAGCAUCAUCUUGCUUAAGUAAAAUAUCAUUUAUUUUGGAGCCCAUUCUCUUGUACUGGGAAGUACUGUUAACCCAGAUGUUAAUGCACUUAACAGAAAAAGUGCUUAUGGGGGUAUGGUAUAAUCUAGGAAAACAAACAUUAAAAGCAGAAUUGUUGAGGCCAGAGAUAUUGUUAGGCUAGGACCUGCUUUGGGAGUAGCGGUGACCUUCAAACUGCUCCCUGUCAGCUAACUGGCCUUGACAGUAGGAAGUUUAAUGUGCACAAUGCAACUACACAGUGGUCCUGGCCAGGAUGUAACCUUGUGCUUCCAUUGUUCUUCAAGAGAGGAGUGACAUAAGCUAUCUCCUUCAUUUUAAAAUAAACAUCUCCUGAAGUGUUCCGAAAUGGAUUAUUCCACUGCUCCCUUUAGGCGGGGUCUACCUUCGUUUAUCUAUAGCUUUUGAGGAAACCUUUGUUCCAUAUGCAGGAAUUCCAAGAGUCAGAAAGUCAUAGCGCACGGAAACAGAUCCCUUGGCUCACCCAGUUCUAGCCAAGUAUCAACCACACAUUUACACUGUUCCUAUUUGUGUACCAUUAUAUCCUUCUCUCAUUCUUACUAACUUGCCCCAGGUUUCAGCACUCUCCAACACACCAGCGGAAAUUUGCAUCGGUCUAUUAAUCUACGGACCUGCACAUCUUUGGGACGUGGGAGAUAAUUGGAGCAUUGGUAGGAAACCCAUGUGGUCACAGGGGAACUAAACAUGGGUACACCAAGGCAGCAACUCUAUUAGCUUCACCACUGACCCAUGUUCUUGUCUAAUUUCGUAUGACUUUCAGUACUGUCAUGUCUAUAGCAUUCUGUCUGGAUGCUUAAUGGCUUGGUAAGAAAACAGCAAAAAAAAAGCUGCAGAGUUGUAAACACAGCUCAGCACAGGAACCAGUCUCCUCUCUAUGCCUUUCAGAUUCAGAUUCCGUUUAUUGUCAUUUAGAAACCACAAAUGCAACACAGUUAAAAAAUGAGACAACGCUCCUCCAGAAUGAUAUCACAAAAGCAUAUGACAAAACAGACUACACCAGAAAAUCCACAUAACGUUUGGCAAUCCCCAAUCCAGAGUCCGGAGAGGCUGCUGCGUAUUAAUAUCGCACUAACGUCUAGCACGUUCCCCGGAAAGGAGCUCCAAAUCCACCAGACAAACAAGACCAAAACCUAAAGCUACAAGACCUGCACAAAACCACAUAGUUACAACAGUGCAAACAAUAGCAUAAUUGAUAAAAAAAACAGGCCAUGGGCACAAUAAAAAUAGUCCAAAGCUGUUAAAAGACUAUAAGUUCAAAAAAAACCACCACACAGUUUCCACAAGUCCUCAGGGUCCUGAUAGAUUCGUCAUCCCACGCAGACGGCAGAAGGCAAUACCCCCGCUAUGGACUUCCAAGGCGCCGCCCGACCCAGCCUUGCAGGCGCAGCACACACCGAAAGCGACCUGAUCGCAGCAGACUCCGAGUCCAUCAAACCUCCGAGCCUCCAACCAUCCCCUUCGGCACAGCAUCUCCAAGCACCAUCCUCUGCCGAGCGUAUUAAGACGCCCCCCCGCCAACUGCCACUGGCAAUGCGACCCCGAGGACUGGGGGCCUGUUCUUCUCGGCAGAGACCCGGACCUCACAGCAGCAGCAGCAACGAAAAGGACCUUCCUGGAGAUUUCCAGAUGUUCCUCCGUGCUCCCACAUCCCUUUUUCAUCAGAUUAGGAUUGUGCACGGCACCCUGCUUCACAAAUAACAUAUCAGCUCCAGAGUGGCCACUGCAAGCUGUGUCGCGCCGCCAUCUUGGCAAAAAAACACCUUACCAUUUGUACUUCUUGUUACUUUAGUAAAGCAACCACCAUAAUCGAAGACCCCACCAACGCUGUCUUUGCCACUCUCCUACCGGGUAAAAGAUACGAAAGCCUGAAAGAAUGUACUACCAAGCUCAAGGACAGCGUCCAAACCAUAGUUAUCAGUCCUUUGAGUGGAACUCUUGUGUGAUAAGAUGGACAUUUUGCCUCACAAUUAGUCUUGCUUUGAUCUUGCACUGCAUUAUUUAUCUGCUCCACAUUUUCUGGGUGGCUUUUACACUUAUAUUUUUCAUUAUUGAUGUUUUACUUUAUUCUAGCUCAAGGCACUGUGUAAUGAUCCGAUCUGUAUAAACACUAUGCAAGACCAGCUUUUCACGGUAUCUUGGUAGAUAUUUCAGUAACAGACCAAUACCAAUAUACUAGUUUUAAACCCAUCAGACCUGCCCUCCCUCUUAUUUCAUGGCAAUCGAUUCUCUCUCGCACGCUCACCAACUCACCCAAUUCUCCAUCCACCCAGGUGUCCAUAGCAGGGGCAACUUACAGCAGCCAUUUGACAUCCCAAAAAGCAGCACACCUUUGAGAUGUGGAAUGAAACUGGAAGACCGGAGAAAGACUCCUCACAGACAGCACCAGAGAUCACGGUUCAACCCAGUGGGACAGUGGGAAGGCAGCCAGCCGCACCACCUGCUGCACCGUUACGUGCCAUAAUCUUGGUUCUUCACUGCACCCCUGUGCUGUGUCUAACACAACCCAGUUCAUCAGGCUUUGUCUGCAGCAAGCUGGAAAGCUGAGCUCGGUGACUGGAUCACUUUGUGGUAAUGUCAGCCAAGCACCCAGCUUAAGGCAGCAUCUGGAAAUUAUUUGUUGGAUGUUUUAAACAAGACCACUGGAGGAAUUACCACAGUGGACUGUAUAAACAUUUCUGUAAUUGCUAUCACUUCUGCCAGUGGAUAGAAAAGCUGGGUACCAUCAUCAAUAUUGAGUAAAACCGAAGGGAGAAGUCAAUAUCACAUCACUUCCCAAAUCGUUCUCUCUGCUAAUAAUUUGGCAGUAACAUCCUGACUGCCAAGUGUUCUCAGAGAACCAGGUGCCCACCAGAACUGAGGCAGCUUCCUGUCAAUAUCCUUGUUUCCUGUAGAUAUCUCUGUAGGUCUGAUGAGCAGAAUGAAUACUUAGACCUCACUUGAUAUAUGCUGUUGAGAUUCGGGAAGUGGAACUCACUCUCUACUCUGCCGAGACAGGACAGCAAGUUCUCCUGCCUUUGAGAAGUACCAUCAAUGUACCUCGUUUGAAAACCUAGGGGAAAGGCAUCAUUGGAGAGGGGGAGAACAUCCCAUCGACAAUGCCUCCUGUCCAAAGCUGAAACUUCACAGAAUCAUAAAUGAUUUAAUAGGGGCCACAAAAUGGGUCUAAAGUCAGAUUAUUAUAAUAAACAGAAGAUAUAAACAGGAGAAUUAAGUGGCUUGAGAAUGUUUUGCCAUUCACUUAGAGCAGGACUGAUCUGUAACUCAACUCCAGUUACCCGCUUAGAUUCCAUAACAUUGCCCAAGGGCACUUCUGUUAAUUUAGCAAGAUAGACUGAACUUCAAGAAAUAUUUUUUAAAUGGAUUUUACCGGCUGUAUCCUCUAAAUUGGCUGACAGGCGCAUACGUGAGCAUGCACAAAUGCAGAAUCAUACGCACACAAAGUUUCAUGUAAUACUCAUGCAAGCAUACUAGCACACAUGUAGACAACCUACACCUCAGAUUCACACACACACACACACACACACACACACACACACACACACACACACACACACACACACACACACACACACACACACACACACACACACACACACACACACACAACCACAAUUCCUCUCUCAAGAAGAGCACUUACAAAUGCACACUGUCACACUACAUAUGUGCACACUGUGACAGAACACAAAUACACACUCUCACACAGCAGACUCUUGACACACCCUGUCCUUUCUAACACACACAUGCACACAUAUUGAUGCCAUUAUCUACUGAGUUAAGACAUGUGGCUUGUUAAAUGCUGGUGGCUUAUUUUAACCACAGUUUGGUUUCCUUAUGAUUUAUGAUCCAUUUGAGAUGAUGAUAACUGGAAUGGACACAGGACGUGUAGAUUUUCUUGCCUGGGAAUGUCAUCAGUGGCUUCUCGCCAGAUUAGGAAAACAGUUCGGAUGUUUUUGGCCCAUGGUGACAAUAUCCUUCCUGUUUCAUCAAAAGCAUGUGUUCUGUCUCCCAAGUGACAGCCUUGUAAAGCACUUAGAACAAGCAAGGUGGCAGCCAUGGUGACAGGAACAAGGCUGUGGCUGGAAUGCCAGGCCAGGAUUGACUGCUUCCCUGGACAGAUUUGAAGAAAAGAAACCAUUAACUGCACUUAACUAUCUUUCUGCUCCUUGGUACCCCUAGAUAUGAGGCCCAGAUCAGGAGAUGAUGGAUGACCUGCUUUGUGGGAGAGACCCAUAGAAACAGAAAUAAGAUGCUGCCUGUUUCCAACAAUUUCUGUUUUUAACUUAAAUUCCCAACAUCUGAAGUGCUUUUUUCAAAUUAAUUCUACGACCCAGGAUACGAUUGUCACUUAGUUGCCUGAGAAAGGAGCCAUCAUGAACAAACCCCAGUCAGAGCUGGACAGAUGCAGUUGAGUUCAUGAAGGAUAGAUGGGCACAAUUGCACCCACCUAGUCCUAUCCAGGCAAUAUCUGACUGAUGAAAUACAAGUAUAGAAAAAUGAAAGGUAUGUGUGCAGAAUCUUGUAUUAAUAAAAUGAAAAUAAUAACAGCUUUUAGCAGUUCUGCCAAAAUGUCUCAACUCUUACAAUGCUUAAAUCUUUUCUGAAGCAGUUUUUUUUCUACUGACUUUAUUAUAGUGAGCCUUACAAUUGCGAAACCUCAAAUUACAAUAAUAUUUUCCCUGGAACCGAUUCAAACACAGUUAAAUCUGUGAAAAAUCGCCUUGAAGUGAACUCCUUACAAAAGGUGCUUUGUUGGCCUUCAUGGUUUUAAUGACCAGACUGGCUGUUCUGUAACUAAAUGCAGAAAUAAAGGA